CAAUGGGUUUGUACUGUGAGUAGUUGUAAUUCAAUGGACAAGGCGAAAAACGAAUGCUUUUGGAAACUGUUCAAGUAUAUUGGUGGAAAAAAUGCUGAAAAUGUUAAAGUGCCUAUGACUGCUCCAGUUACCAUCGAAAGCAUGCCAGAUAGUGAGUCUGUCAUGAAAAGGCGCUUUGUAAUGGGUUUCUACGUUCCUGAGGCCUUCAAGUCAAAUCCACCCAGUCCUACUGACAACGAAGUGUUUAUUGAGAGGAGACCUUCAAUGAACGUCUACUGUCUUACCUAUUCUGGAUUUUCAGACAAUGAUAAAGUGUUAAAAAAUGCUCGUAAAUUAGGCGAUACAUUAGAUCGACUUGGCUUAAAGUAUACACCAGAUCCAUUCUAUUUUGCUGGUUAUGAUUCACCAUUUAAACUCAUUAAUCGUCGUAAUGAAAUAUGGUUUAAAGCUGAUUGAAUCCACACACACACACACACAC